UUGGAUCAACAAAAUUGUGCUUCAAAGCUAUUCUUCACGAGAAGCAUCCAUGCUCUUGAUCUAGGUUCCAUCAUUUUCAUUUAGGUUCCGUCAUCUAAUAUAAACGAAGAUCGAAUUCAAUGGCUUUGCCGGCGUGGUUGCUGCAGAUAGUCUCUUUCUAUGACUUCUCUCACCACUAAUUCCGUUCAUGCAACUCCUUCUACCGGUAAACCUACUCCAAUAUAUGCUUUCGAUUUAUCGGAUGCGGUUUCUACUAAAUCAAUUCGAGUAACGGUUCAUUCUCAAAUUUCAGUGGUCUUACUUCUCCAUUAAAGUUUAAAAACUCUAACUCUGAUUCCCUCUCCCCAGACUCAAACAAAUUGAGAUUUGUAACUGAAGCAUUUGAUGGAGACUAACGAAAAUGAGGACAUUGUAUGAAUUGCAUCUUGUAAUUUCAUCCUUCGAAGUAAAGGCCUUCUGUACAACAAGGGAUGCUGAAGAAUAGCUGAAGUUGAAGCUAAAUAGAUGAAGAUGGCAGAGUGGUUGAGAAAAGGGGAGAGGGAGCAAUGAAAAAUUGAAGAUAAUAACACUAAUCCAUGGCAGUGUCAGGAGAAUAGUACUGGAAGAAACUUCAGCAUGCACGCACUGAGUCAUGACAGCUGGAAUAGGUUACCAAGAAGAAGAUAUUCAAACCUUGAUAAAAAUGUUGUUUAUGGAGCAAAAGAUGCCCAAGCAAGGAAACGUGAGAAGGAGGCUGAGAGUAGAGUUGCAGAGAGCCACGCACCACAUGACCAUGAACAACGUAAUGGUUCUGAUGAAGUGCAACAUUCUUUGGACAACCCAAGUUCACCCGUGGAGUCUCCUACAGAAAAGAUUGGAGGACAAGUUGAGGCGUCUAACCCAUUGGACACGAAACCAAGUCCUGAGGCUUCUUCUGUUGAAGCAAUGAGUUCAGCUGAACAGCCAUCAGCUUCUCAACCAAAGCCCGAUCAUCACAAAAGAAGUCUGGAUGCUUUGGCUGCAGCGAAAGAGCGCUUUCUGAACGCAAAGCGGAUCACUAUUGAUGGCUCCUGAUAUAGUGAUGACACUGGUCGGUAAUAAAGCUGAUCUUCAAGAGAAGCGGGAAGUUGCUGUCCAGGUAGUGCAACCUUCCUCCAUAAUACAGUUGUCUUUUAAAUAAAACAAUUUGUUUCUUACCUCGUACAGUUUACUUUAACGUUUUCAUGAAGGAUGGCAUUGAAUAUACCGAGAAGAAUGGUAUGUUUUACAUGGAGACAUCUGCAAAGUUACGCUUGGUGUUUACUUUCUUGUUUUGGUGCAGCUAAUUCAAUUUAAUGCAGCUGAUUGCUGUGCAGAUUUUGAUGAAUAAAUGUUGUUGACUUCAGGUAGUGAUUGACAUGAUUCUUUCUAAUGCGGUAUACAUAUUGAUGUUAAAUAUUCUUCAUUGCAGGUUUUUCAGUUCCAUUAAAAACAUAUCUUCCGGAUGGAGAUAUUGAUUUAACUGCACUCAAUUGUCACAAUAUUGAGGAUGGCUUGGUAUUUGAUGUUCGUGUUGUUCUUCAUGGAGAGAAAAUUAAUGAAGCUGCUGAAUAUGAAGUGAAGGAUGUUAUUUUCAUUGAUGCAGAGGUUAUUUCCGCUUUCUUAAUUGAUGGCUUAUCAGAAAUUGAAUGCAUUUUAGUUUAAGUUUAUUUUAUGCCAACUGCCAAAGUAAAUUAGAAAUACAGAGUUGUCAACUUGGUUGAAGGAGGCCGUAUGCUCUUUUAGCAUCUUGCAUCAAGUUAAACUUAUUGCCUUUUGA